ACUACAACAACACCAACUACGACUACUCCAACUACACCUACACCAACUAAAACUACUUCAACUACGACGACACCAACUACGACUACACCAACUACGACUACUCCAACUACACCUACACCAACUAAAACUACUUCAACUACGACGACACCAACUACGACUACACCAACUACGACUAUACCAACUACAACUACACCAACUAUAACUACACCAACUAUAACUACACCAACUACAACUACACCAACUACGACG